CUCUCUCUCUCUCUCUCUCUCCCCCCAAACAAUCGAGGGAGGUUUUUUUUGGUUUGCUCGUCAAGAUGACGGAUAAGUUUGCCCCCUUUUCAAAACCGAAUCGGAUGCUGAAUGUCCGAGUCUGCUUGGGUUAGAACUUGACAUUUAACCAAUUGAGCUAGUCAUACAUUUUACUCAGCCACAUAAACAUGAUUGAAAAUAAUUUACUUUUUAGAUAAAAAAAAUUGAGCCAUUUAAUUUAAUUAUAAAUUUUGACAUUGUAGUAUUUAUGUAUAGGGAUCACGGCAAUUGAUAUUCUAAAACAAUGUUUUGAUGCUAAAAGAGUAGGGUUUGUUUAAUUUUAACGUACGAUUAUCCGUAGGUACAAUUCAAGACGCAUUUUUACUGAGUACAAAUAUUGCUAUGUUAAAAUUAAUCCAGAAGUCUUUUUAAAAGCGUGCUUUGAAACGUAGUAAUUUGCCUCAAAAAAUACAUGAACGGAAGUCUGAAUCUGUAAAGAGCCCGGAUGGACGUGGCUAUUUUCAUGCAGACUAUAUUUAUCUGCCUUAGAAGAAGAGUUUUGCAUACAGACAAGGAACUGUUCAAAUUUUAAAGCUCAAAUAGGAAAUUUUUCUUAAGUAAAUAAUAGUUUAUGGCUAAAAUUAUCAUAUCUAAAACUGAAAGGUGAACCUGAUGGUUAAUUUGUGGACCAUCCAGUCUCUUUAAUUAUUGUUCUCAGUUGUAGGAAGGGUGUUUACUAAAAGAUGACACGAAAUCAGAGUGAAACUGAAAUAAAGUGUCAACCGAGAGGAAAACAGCGAAUUAAAACGUGGUACCGAAAGCAAAACGCUGAAAAUCUCCAACAACUGCUUGAUUGUAACUGAUCCCGACAAAACAUAAGUACAGGACAAAAACGUUAUGUCAUCGUGGUACCAACAAAGAUGUUCUUGAUAGGGCCUACACUUGUGAAUAAAGUCUGCUAUAUCAAAGCAAGGCUCUCUUUCUUAGACCUUGUUUCCUUUAUCCAGGGUGUAGCCACACAUGAAGUAAGAAGAUAGAAGUUUCCGUUUAACCAAGUAUCAGAUUGAAAAGACAUUUUAAAACAAUAUGUAAUAUAAGUACAUGCAUCAUACAAUAUUUAUAUAGAAGAUCCGGAGAGUUACACGCAUUGAGGAACACCCAAAAGGUCAUUUUCAAAAGAAAAUGGAAGUAAAACACUGACCCAGGAGCUCGCCAAAGCACCAGGGACGGACGGAGAGAAUGGACGGUCACUGUAGGCAUCAAUACUAUGUUAUAGGUACACUAUGUUUUGUGUUAAUUUUAUCCAUUAUUUUCUUGUUGAUAUGGAAAUGCCGAAAGAGAAAAUUUAAAUGCGGCAGCGUCCUGUGCUGUAGCGUAAAGUACGAGGUCCACGAACUGCCGUCUAAGACGUCACGGGAUAAUCCUGUUUACGGGCACCCAAACAUGGAGAGUGUGCCUGUUGAGGAGGCCACCGCAGGGUGCGAGAUCUACCAAUGCCAGGAGGAAAUACUUAACAAUGAUCAAAAGAGACUAUUGCGACUCUGUACUGUCCACAAAAGCACGCAGACGAUAUCUGGCACGUGGAUUUACGAGAACUAUUAUCAUCACCAAACGCUUGCUGGCGUGACUGGUCGGAUAGGAUAUGAUGCAACAGAUGGAUUUAGAAAGAAUGUAAGUAUGGAAUACGACUAUGACUACGCAUCAAAUCAUGAAACAACUCGACCGAUGGAUGAUCAACGCCAAAGCACAUACGCAUACAACAUACGACAAAGCAGACGAUACAAAACGUCCUAUCACACGUCACGAUCAUUAGGUGAUUUGCCGCCACUUGGUGGUCGAGAGAAAUUGUCUAGUCUUGCGUUAGAUAUAAACGAUCCGGUGUAUUAUAUUGACCCAAACCAAUGUAACUCUUAUCUGCCGCCAGAGACCGCAUCCGUGCCAUGUUUUGACGCCGGUAGCGAUAGUGACGACAGUGGGGAAUCCGACAACAACGGCGAUUCACACAAAAUGUAUUUGGACGAAACCCUUCUGGGAUAUGUUGAUACCCUGAGGAGAAACCACGAAUUGUACAUUCAAAAGUAUAAAUCGGACGGUCAUAAAAAAGUGUGUUCAAAAACAAUUUCCUGCGACAUUUCCACCAAGCCGAGACUAAAGAGAGCCAACACCGGGGUUCUCAAACUGCUGGAGAUGGAGAGAACAAAGGUCCACCAUGCACUGUCUGUCCCCGUUAACACUGACGCUUCGUCUGUGGUGUCUAACUGUUACUUCAACACAUCCCCAAUUCGCCACAGAACACCACCUAGCUACCGCAGCUCGCCGCAGAGCUGUCGCAGAGCACCACCUUGUCACACCGCAACGACCCCCAGACCAUGUCUUACCGAGGAGGACUACCUGAAAAUCCUCUCGUGACGUCAUUGGGCAUUACGGGCAAUGGAGUUCUCUGGUCGAUUAUAUGUACUCUAUAAAAAUGAAAGUCAAAAUGUUUUAAUAUACUAUUUGUGUACGAAGAAAAUAUAAAUAUUUGAACAUUUAGUGUUGAAAAUGUUACGAUUUUGGAUGCUGUUUACGUAAAAACACAUACUGACCGAUGGGAAAAAUGAUCAUAGAAAAUGAAUGAAUCAUACUGUGUUAGUUCAUUAAUAAUAAUGUUAUUAUACUGUGUUCAAUCAUUUCUAAUCAUUGAUGUGCUCACAUGAGUCAAUUGACACGUCGAUGUUACCUAAUCUGGAGUGUAAAUCACUAACAUGAUCAUCUGUAGACUACGUUUCACGAUGACUCAAUUUUCGCCUUUUUUGGCGAUCACUUUUACAUCGCAAAAUAGAUGUAUUCAAUGCGCAGAAAUUAAAUACACAGUAUUGUAUGUAAAAAGAAAUUUUUUAAAUCGCUUAAAAAAUGACUGACGCAAAUAAAAAAGAAACACAUUUUAACCAUGACGCAAAUUUUGUGACACACGAAAAAAACCCCGAACAUUAUAAAUAAACCUCCUUUAAAACAAGAGUUUUGUAUACCUAU